GUGCGUAAUUUACGAACCCUCUUGAUUGGCUUGAUGAAUACAUCUAUGCCACCUCGUCCAGACAUUGUCUAUCGUCGGCCUCCUGGCCACUCGAACCGGCGUCAUGGGCGCCAUAUUCGAUGUUCAGCUCUGCGUUUCUCCGAACAGGAAUCCUCUGUGGAAGCGACGAAGCAGGCUUUGAAUAACUCUACAAUAGGCGAAUCAAGGUUUCUUGAGAGACAAGGAAACCUUCUUGAGGCCAGAUGCCGCCAAAUAUCGUCAAGAACUUCACAGGAUGCCGGAGUUGUGCGGAAAGAUUUAGAGGGCGAGGGAAUUUCAGUGGGAGGGAUAGUAGAGAAGAUAUGUGAAAGAGAAGAAGCUAGGCGAGAGGAGGAAGAGGAGUGCGAGAGAGGAUUCGAAGACGAUGAAGAAUAUUAUGACGAUGAAGAGGCCUAUAGAAUAGGAAGGGAUGACAAUGGUGAUGAGCUGAGUGAUACGGAAGACGAAAAUGAAGAGGACAAAGAAUCAACUUUUUUUUCCCAACAGGUUCCUAUAGAUCAAACUAAUAUAUCGGCUGGAGGCCAUCUAUUGAAGACUAUAGCUAGGAUCAGUGAGACGGUGCAGAACCUGGAACAGCUAGCCCAAAAGAUGCAGACUGUCCGUUACUCUGGUCGCACUAGUGAUAUCGGCCUGUUUAGUGCGCUCUCUCUUCUCACAGCAGCUGAUAUCCUAGAGACAGCUCGACCGAUGUCCAAUGACAUCACGUCUGGUCGACUGAUUGGACAAACACGAGCAGACUCAACGGGCCAAUUAGAGCCCUCACCUUCCACUCCAGAUGACGUACCUAGUGCUGGAGCAGGUAGUGUAUCUGAAGCAAUUACGGGAACUCCGGUAGUUUCAUGUAGAACACUAGCUUUGGUUGACCGGCCUGAGGCAGCCCGGUGGAUAUACCGAAAUCGGGAACGAACCCGUUCGGCACUAGAAUGUCUUUUGGCUUGCUCACUUCUUCGCAGCUAG